UUUGAGUUUGAUCGAACAAAUAUUUGGCGAAAUUCACUUCUCCAUUUUUCAAGAUGGCUGGUUGGAAUUUUUUAUGACAAAGAUUUGAGGAUUUUGGAAGAUAUCCAUAUUCCUUUUGACAAUGUUGCAGUGAUUAAUUUGUUCUCAUCCCAAUUAAAAUCAUUCGAAAACAACUACAUCGAAAAGAAAAAGCAAACCCCAUGUUUACAAGCUGAUAAAUGUAAAUGGUUUCCAAUGUAUACACUAAUGUGGCACCAGGACCGGCGAGGUUUAUCUGAUAUAAAGUCUAAUGGAAGUAGACUAACAGACAAAGAAAUAUUUCCUAAUGCAAGAUUUGGUUUUAAUAAGAGAAAGUUUUUGGUCAGCACAAUACCCUCUUAUCCAUUUGUCGUGUUGAAUAACAGAACAAAAACAUACACUGGAAUAACAAUGGACCUACUGAAACACCUGUCAGACGGUCUUAAUUUCACAUAUGAUCUCAUUGGACCUCCGGACGGUAACUGGGGUGCUGAACUAGCUAACGGUACUUGGAAUGGAAUGGUGGGACAACUACAACGAAAAGAAAUUGACAUGGUAGCCACUGCUUUGACAGUUCUGUCACAGCGGGAAAUGGUGAUGGAUUUUACACAGCCCUAUUAUUAUGAAUCCACAUCGAUUCUGAUAAAGAAGCCAGAUCCUGGUGAAAAACAAUGGACUAAAUUACUUGACCCUUUCAGUUCAACAGUUUUCUUAUGCGUCGGGAUAUCGGUACCAGCAUGCUCGCUUUUACUUUUCUUAUUUGAAAAGUACAACCCGUUUUACAGAAAAGUCAAAGAAAAAAAGGAAAUAAGAGUACUACACCAAUUCUCUGAAUUAGUUUGGUAUAUGUAUGGUGCACUUUUAACUCAUGGCGGUACGCACAUAGCAGCAUCGACAGCAGGAAGGACAUUUCUCAGCUGCUGGUGGAUAUUUUGCAUAAUAAUAGUAGCGACAUAUAGCGGGAAUUUCGUUGCCGUUUUGAGUGUUACUAAAGAGACGCUUCCAUUCGAAGGGAUUGAGGGAUUAGUAGGACAAGACAUUUAUAAAUGGGGUACUAUUGGUGGAUCCGCUUAUGAAACCAUAUUUAAGAACUCAGCAUUACCAGAACGGAAAGCAUUCUAUGAUGGAGUCCUUAAAUUUAGCCGAAGUGACCCUUCCAUUCUUAGAGGUGAUUAUGAUGCACAUAUACUAAAGGUUUUAGAGGGAGAGUAUGCUUUUCUGUGGGACAACAUUCCAAUGGAAAUAUCUGUAAUAAAUAGCUGUGAAUUAGCAAAGGUAUCAACAGAUAUGUUUUCGACGUAUGCCAUAGGUUUACCUAACAACUCACCAUUCGAGAAGAUUUUUACCGACGGGAUUAUAUUAACACUAGAGAGCGGACUUAUCGAUCUUUGGAUGACAAAGGUUUGGCCACAACACCACUCUUGUCGUGAAUCUUUUCUGACCUCAACAAAACCAAUAGCAAUUUUAGAUAUACAGAUUGCAUUUUACAUUAUUGGAGGUGGUGUAUGUUUGGCUCUCCUUUCGCUCCUCACUGAAGUCUUCAAACUUAAAUGUCGAAAAUGUCAACAGAAACGGACAAGAGCACGAGAAGAAGAUGAAAUGCAGGAAAGUGUAAACCAUCAAGAAACUAUUUCAAUAAAGGGAAAUACUGAUGUAAGAUUUAGUUACGGCUACAAUCAACAUGAAACAUAAGAAAUAAAUAGUUAAAAUGUGAAUAAUUAACUGCAUAAGUUUUACAAGGAACAUCUUGCUUUUGUAUAGAAUAAAGACUUUAAAAAAAAAUCACGUUUAUAACAAUGUUUUAUAAAUCGCAAAGACAAAAUGUGAUUGAAUUGAGACGUGCGUUAUAGGUUAAUGCGACCCACCUUUGUCCAACUCUAAAUCGUCCUGAGACGAGGAAAGUUGUAAAUUAAGUUUACAAAGACUUUCAAUGAUCUACAUUGAUGUACAUUGACCUAAAAUAUGAUACACUUAAGACAAGCACUGAAGAAUGUCCAACUCUUGCAUUAGCUAAUUGUUAUAUGGGUUGACUAAAUUAAGUUUUGGAGGACCGAACUUGUAAUAUCUUUCAGUUGAGUAAAAAUAAGUACAUUGCAAAUUCUCAGUGCA